UUUUCAAAUGGAGUCAUUUGCCAUUGUUAACGCAAAGUGUUUGUUUUUGUCUCUGACAUUCCAAAGGAUAUUGCAAUGCUGUGAAAUAAACUAAAUUUGAUUUAAUGAAAUACAUGUCUCGAAAUGUUGAGUGACCCACAACCGGAAGUCAAAACUUAUUGAAUAGCAACUAUGCUGAUAGGCGAUAUUUAGCCAAAAGAAAGAUUUAUUUGAAAUGAGCUAUUAGAUGUAGGUUGUUAUAUGAAGUCCAUAUGUAAAUUUUUAAAAAAUUUGUCAUCGCUUCAAUUUAUACUUUUAAAGACGAUCUUACUAUGUUUUAAAUAUCCAGCAUAAUUUAACUUGUUUGGCAGACAAACACUUAUCCUUUUUUUCUAAGCCAAUAUUCAAUGUCAUGCUUGAGGUGAACUUGAAAAUUUGUGUGGGCGAACAAAUCGGAAGCGCAACCAAAGUUGAAGGUGGCAAAAAGUUUCAAUAAAUCGAUGCCAUCGUUUCCAUGGCAAUUGAAAGUCCUUUGCAGGGCCAAACAUGUCAGAAAUAUUGCCGUAAACAAAAUAAAACUGAUGCCAGUCUAAGAGUAAAAUGGGAAUGUUGCACAAUUUGGCUGAUUUGAUAAAGAUAAAAAAGGAUAAAAUGACGAUUCUGGUGUUGGGACUAAAUAACAGUGGAAAGUCCUCGAUAAUCAAUCAUUUUAAGAAGUCUAGCGAGCAGACCUCUAUUGUAGUUCCCACGGUUGGCUUUAUGGUGGAGCAAUUUUAUAGCAUGUCUGGUGUUUCCAUCAAGGCAAUCGAUAUGUCCGGUGCCACCAGAUACAGAAACCUCUGGGAGCACCAGUUUAAGAACUGCCACGGUAUAAUAUACGUUAUUGAUUCCAGUGACCGCAUGAGAUUCGUGGUGGUUAAAGAUGAGUUGGAUCUUGUGCUACAGCAUCCUGACUUGUGCAACCGAAUUGUGCCUAUUCUAUUCUAUGGAAAUAAAAUGGAUAUGGAGGACUCUCUAUCCAGUGUAAAAAUUGCAGCGGCGCUUAGAUUGGAAAACAUUAAGGAGAAACCCUGGCAUAUUUGCUCAAGCAGUGCUGUAUCCGGCGAAGGUCUUGGAGAGGGUGUCCAAUGGCUCAUCCAGCAAAUGCGCUUCGCCAUGUUAAGCAACAAAAAUGCCGCCAAAUCCCGAUCCAAGCACUCCAAAUAG